ACAGGUUGCUAACUUGUGACUCUGACUGGAUUCCAGCUGGGAGGGAGAGAGAGAGGGAGGGAGGGGGGUGUCUUCUUCUUUUUCCCUUUUAAAUAAAUUGAAAGCACUUUAGCUGAGUCUCAGAGGAUCAGCACUUCCCCUCACCACCAGCAGCCUAACAGACCCAAACCCGCUUACCUGGCGUCAGCUCGCUCACAUCUAAUGACAGCUGCAGAGGAAAAUAUCGAUUAUCUUUUUACAGAAUAAUAAGUGUGCGUGUGUGAGAUGGAUGCAGUGCGCAUCUAUGUGAAUGAAUUUUAUAGACAUAAAUUAUGCAUUUCUAAAUCAAACUCAAAUUGAAUAUUUACGGUCGAUAAAGUCUCUGAGUGGUCUCAGAGCAACUGGUCUUUAAUUGCCUUUAUAACAGAUUUAAACUGAAAAGCCCUUUGGAUCACUAUUGAUACCUUCAAAAGAGAGAGAGAUAAAGAGAGAGAGAGAGGAAGAGAGGGAAAGGGAAGGAUAAAGAGAGAGAUGAGGGGAGAUAGAGAGUAAAAGAGAUAUAGAGAGAAGCAAAGAGAGAGCGAAAUAAAGGCAGUGGUGAGAGAGAGGGGGAGAUAGAAGAGAGAUAUAGACGAUGGAAAGAAGGAGUUAAGGAAAGAGAGAGAAAGAUAUAGAAAGUGAAAUAUAGAGAAAAGGAAAGAGAGAAAGACAGAAAAUAAGAAAGAGGGAAAUAGAGGGGGGUGAGACAGAGAAGAAGCAAGAGAGAGAGGAAGAAGGAAAGAGAGAGAUAUAGAGAUAAGGAAAGAGAGAGUUAGUUUUCUCAGUUAUCUGUUGGAUCUUCAUGUAUUAUUUGAAUUGAUUUUGGUAUACUGAUCAUUGGUGUAUUGAUCACUGAUAUAUUGAUCAGUGGUGUACUGAUUGAGAGAUGUCCUCUCUGCUGAAAGAGGAGAUGCAGAGGGUUCUGUUCGGACCGGAGGAGCACAGACUGGUGGAGUUUAUCGAGAUCGAAGAGAAGAAACGAGGACGGCAUUUCCUCUGUGUAUCCGUAUCUAAAGGUAAGGAGGUGCAGAUCACAGUGGUUCGCUGUAGGAAAUCUCAGAAGUCUGGGUAUAAGAAAGCUCAGCGAAUAGGAUUGGAGGACAGCUAUGUAAAGACGGAGGUCUGGGCUCUGCAGGAACUGAGGGUUCUGGAUGGACGAGAUCCUGAUAUAGACGAUCCCUGUUUCCUGAUGCACUUUGAUACAGUGCGUCCGGUGAAAGCGGUGAACUGUGCGGCGAAGUAUUCCCUGGCCCGAUGCCUCCUGGCUCUCAGUGAGACCCAUCAGCACAGCGAGCUCCGCAUCCACAACUUCGACUGGACCUACGUCCAGCCCACCUCCAUCUACUCCAGCAGAGGCGACUGCAUGGUCCUGAUGAGGAUCUGCUUCUACGCCUUUAACCUGGUGUGUCUCACGCUGUGUCCCGUACCUGUUUAGUCUCACUAUUAACAGUAUUUCUGAAUCACCUGCAGCUGUUCUAACAUCUCACACUCAGGUAAACACUGAACACCUCACUGCAGCUGACAGUCAUUUCAUCCUAUUUCAAAUCUCUUUUUUUUUUACAAAUAAGUUGAUUUUCAUUUAUAUCACUGUUAACAUUUUUUAUGUACAAUUGAUUUUAUUAUGUUUACCUUGUAGACAGAAUAACCUUAUUAUUUGCAGUGUUUUAAAAGCUACAAAUAAAGUAAAUAAUACUUGUAAAUGCUUGAUGAAUGUUUGAAUAUUGUGUUUUUAUAUUUUAUUGUAACAAUCCAUUUGUCAUGAGUAUUAUUUUCAUAAUAACUGCCUUUAAUUCCCUUCAUUAAUACAGUAUAGUCAUGAAGUCUCCUUAAUUAUCUUGUUCCCAUGUCUUAUAUAUCUUGUUCCAAUGCAUUAUCAUAUAAUUCCCAUGCCUUAAUAAGUUGUGGUCAUUUUUUUUAACAAAAUGUUACAUUAGGGGCUAUGCACCUUAGCAAAAACAUAAUAUGCAUAGACGCCUCAUCAACUAAGGCCGUCUAUUGGAGCUGAAGUUCAGCGCGGCCGCCCCCAGUGCAUUUAUAAGUACUGAGGAAGGUGUUUAAUAAAGCUAUAAUAAUCAGCUAUCAUUACAAAUAUGUGCUUUCAUGCUGAAAUACGUUGUAUUAUGCUCUCUAACAAAGACAGACCUAUGGUAUGGCAUAUUAAUAAGUGUAUAAAUAAAUGUACUGUACGCCUUUAUGCAUAUAUAUAAAUAAAGUGUGUAUUUAUGUAUUGUUCAUAUUUCAAAUGAACAAUAAAACUUGUUUUUUUGUUUA